AUGGAAUCAAAUACCAGCUUAACUUUUGACAAGGAUAGUAUUUUCUUUGAAGAUCAUUCAGCUCCGUAUGUUUUUUAUGUUUAUUACCUAAAUUAGGUUUUUAGAAUGUCACCUAAUUGAUUAGAAGUCUGUUGAAUGCUUAAUUAUGCCGCUGUUUUCAGUUUGGAGUACCGUUUAGCUCAUCAACGUCAAGUCGGACCUGGUUAUACGAACCGAGAUGGAAUUAUGAUCCCCAGAGAUCUCCGGCCGAUUCCAGGAACCCAACUCUCCCUGUACCGCAGAUUUCGUGACCCAAGGACUGGAAGAAUCUUUGCUGUAGACCUUUUGAAUCAUUGGUAUUAUGCGAAAAAUGACAGUUCGGACUUCUGGCUAGUGGAAGAUACGAAUAGUGCCGGCAGGCCAAGCAGAGAGAAGAUGAAGUGGUGUCGAGUGAGUUUUUGAUUUUCGCGUGAUUUAUUCUUCAUUUUAGAGCCAUUUACUGCAAAAUUGGUCCUUCAAUAUCAGUAUAGUAAUUUAUAUUACUUUAGGUCUCCGAGCUCCCUAGAACACUAUUUUCUCAAGGAGUUUUGGACUUUCGUCAAAUCUUUGGCUCUGAUGAAUAUAUGAGGCCGUUUCUGAAGCUUUGUGAAGUGGAUGAUGGUAAAAAGACGAUGGUUUAUCCGUAUGAUACCUAUGGGAACCCGAUCUUCCCAGUGUGUCCAAUAUUAUCGGCCAAUAUGAGUGAGUACGACAAAUACAAGCCCUGUCCGAACCACAAGUUCUACGGUGAUGGUCAUCGUUGUCUGGCGGUCGAUGCUGAAGGUCUGCCGAUCUUUCCCCAAAACAAACAAGGGGAUCCAGUUGUGCCAAUGUCACAGUGUGGAGGUAUGUCACAUAUUUUUGUUGAUAUGUUCUGUGUUUAGAGUACCCAAUAUAUCCGUCAGACAUGUUCGGUCUGGGCGUUAUCUUUCCCGUGGAUCGGAUGGGAACUCCAAUUAUGGCGGUUGAUGUGGAAGGUCGACAACAACCCUACAAAAACCCCUUUGGCCAUGUCGAACUGCCCACUUCCUUAUCUUCAAUGGCAACGCUAGUCUCUUUACAGCGUGACGGAAGGUAUUUGAAUAUUCGCGAUGUGCUUCGGAUCGAAUGGCUGGGGAUUAUAAAUGAAAGGCAUCAGCACAAAAGAAUGACGAUAAAGCGGCCAAUAAAGGUGGAUGCUAGUCACGGAAGCCAUAGCAGCUCUCAUAAUCAUUCGUACAAGAGGGUGAAGUCCGAAAAUCAUGGACAUUAA